AUGAAGCUGACUACCCUCCCUCUGGCAGUCCUCAAUGGUUGGUACCUGGCAGCAGGCGUCCAUGCUGCUACAAAUGUGACAUUCGUCCCCCUCGCGCCGUACUUCAACAACCAGGCAUUCGGUGCCUAUCCCGGAGAGACCUCCUUUGACGCGCUAAACGAGUCCUACCCGGACCCCAGCAUCAUCGGCAUCAAUGGCACCUACACAUCCACGCAGACCGGGAUCGUGUACGACUUUCCCGGGUAUCGCCCUUCGCUGCCCGAUAACAUCAUCUGCGCGGGCCAAACGAUCGCUGUGCCCUCCGAGCAGUACUUCUCGGCCUCGAUGUUGGUGACCUCAGACCUGGAACUGUCCACUGUGUCCGGCAACGUGACCUAUACGUACUCGGACAAUUCCACAUGGACGUCGGAGCUGCGCAGCUUGCCCUGGUGGGCAUUCCUGACCAUCAACCGCGGUGAGAUCAUCUUCCCGUACCGCUACACUUCCAACGACACCAACUUCAACACCUCCCACAUCUUCGAGUACACUGCAGCCCUCGACCCCAGCAAGACGCUCCGCUCCAUCACGCUGCCCGUCACCACCAAUGUCACCACCGGCCGUCUGCAUGUGUUCUCCGUCUCCCUGUGGAGAUCGCCCGCCUCCUCCGCACAGGUCCAGUUCGUCCGCCCGACACAGAAAUGGACCGAGAGGGGCAACCAAGUGGUCGAGGUGACCGUCAACAACCAGGGGUCCGAGUGCAUUGCAGGGUCCGGCCUGACCAUCUCCCUCGCCAUGUCCGGCAUUCGAACCAUCGAGCCUGGACACAUCAAACGCCUCUGCCCGGGGGACCAGAAACGGGUCGAUAUCGGCGUGAACGGCACGGCUAACGGAACCGCCACCAUCGUGCUGAACAGCAACAACGGCGGCCUGUCCAUCCAGCGCCAGCCCUACGCGCACCACCUCUCCCUUGGACUCACCGAAUGGACCUCCGACCUCGCCAGCCUCUCCCAACACGAGAGCCCGCAAUGGUUCGACGACGCCAAAUUCGGGAUCAUGAUCCACUGGGGCCCAUACUCCGUGCCAGGCUGGGGCAACUCGACCCCAUGGGAAAGCUAUGCCGAAUGGUUCUGGUGGUACACUACGCACCGCAUCGCCGACAAAUCCGACACAUACGACUACCGGCUGCGCACCUUCGGGCCGGAUUGGAACUACGACAACGGAUUCCCAAACUUCACGGCCUCCAACUUCGACCCCAAAGCAUGGGUGGACCUGAUCGAGGCGUCGGGGGCGAAAUACUUCGUGUUGACCACCAAACACCACGACGGGUUCGCCCUCUUCGACACGCAGAACACGACCGACCGGUCCGCCCUGCACUACGGACCGCAGCGCGACCUGGUGGGCGAGCUCUUCGCCGCCGCCGCCACCUACCACCCCACCCUCAAGCGAGGGACGUACUUCUCCCUCCCGGAAUGGUUCAACCCCGACUUCGGCCCCUACGGCUUCGCGCAAACCUCCAGCCCCACCUCCACGAGCUGGCCCGGCAUCAUCGCCCGCAACCCCUACACGGGGCUCGACGAGCCCUACACCGGACGCAUCCCGGUGCAGGAUUUCAUCUGGGACCUGAUGGUCCCCCAGAUGUCCAUCCUGGCCCACAACUACUCGACCGACAUCAUGUGGUGUGACUGUGGCGCCGCCAACGGGACUGCCCCCUUCGCCGCCGAAUGGUUCAACGCUGCGCGCGCCCAGAACCGCCAGGUCACGAUCAAUUCGCGCUGCGGCGUGGCCGAGAUCGCUGACUUUGACACCCCCGAGUACGCGACGUUCAGCUCGGCGCAGCUGCGCAAGUGGGAGUCCAACAUGGGCAUGGAUCCCUACAGUUAUGGGUAUAACCGUGCCACGGCGGCGGGGAGCUACAUGAAUGCCUCGACGAUUGUCUCGGAUCUGGUCGACAUGGCGAGUAAGAACGGAAACUUCCUGCUGGACGUGGGACCGAGGGCGGAUGGGACGAUUGUGGAGGCGGAGGAGAGGGAGUUGAGGCUGGCUGGGACCUGGAUUCAUGCGCACGCCGAGGCCGUGUUUAAUACCUCGUAUUGGUUUGUCAUGAGUGAGGUCCAGGACUCCGGGGUGAGGUUUACGCAGACGGACGACGCGUUUUAUGUCUUGUUCCUGCAGGACCCCGGGACGGGCCGCGUGUGGGUGGAUGCGCCUCUGCCCGUGGUGGAGGGCGAUGAGGUCGUGGUUUUGCGGGGUGGUGAUGAUGGUGAUGUUGGGGUGAGCUGGGAGAUUGCGGACGGUGGCCAGGGUGUCGUGUUUAAUGUGCCAGAAGAUGCGUGGAAGGAGGAGCAGUUUUGUUGGGUGCUGAAGAUCAAGUAUCUUGGUUGAUGGACGUGUAGACCUAGUAUAUCGUGACGGCUGAG